ACCUUACAACACAAUCAGCUCGAUCCCCCGCCGCCAUCAUAAUUCAUAAGUAUAGCUAGCUAGUCAUGGCAAACAACAGCCGGCCCAUCUUGAUGAUAAUGGUGGCCUUGGUUGCCCUGGCCGUGGCAGCUGACACCGUAGAUGCUUCGAGGAAAGUGGGCAGUACGAAGCCAUCGCCAGCAGAUCAGCAGGUUGUGUUUUGUAACAUGACGCAGGAAGGGCUCCAGGCGUGCAAGCCGUCGGUCACAAAGCCCGAUCCGGUCGACCCGCCGGCUCUGGCCUGCUGCCAAGCACUGGGAAGAGCCGACUUGAAGUGCCUCUGCUCUUACAAGAACUCCUUCGUCCUGCCUUCCCUUGGCAUCGACCCUGACCUGGCCAUGGCUCUGCCUCAGAAAUGCAACCUCCCUUCCCUGCCGCAGUGUUGAUGGGCUGUAUUUCGUCUCUUGUUGCUUUAAUAAUUAAUUCAUAAGCUAUGGUUUGCGAUGUGUCCUUUGUAUCGUAACUACUGUUGUUGUUUCAUCCAAAAAAAAGGAAGCACUGUUGUUUUGUCCAACCACUGCUCGUUGGAACCUUGUAUCACCAAUUCAGUAUUGUCUAUUUCAUAUUGUGUGUGAUGGGUUUUUUUAGUUCUACAAGUUUGCAUUAAAUUUUGAUGCCGCAU